AUGUACCUGCCAUCAACGUCGUACACAGGACCUUCAACUACAAUUAACAGCGGCGCGGGGACAUCUACUACGGGGAGCUCUGAGCGCACGGAAGACGCGUUCCACCAGCCAGCCAACACUCAUGCCACAAACAAUGCCGAGUCAGUGUCGGAAAUGGCAAUUGUGCCAGCAAUACCGACAAGCACACAUGUGCACACCAGCACAAGCAACACUCAACCAGGUGAAACAGCCGCCGAUACUGAAGUGAAUGAUGAAACCGAUGACGAAGCACAAGGGGAUGAAGAUGGUGGGCAAUCAAAAAUCAUGAUACUCUCCCUCAUCCACAGCAAAAACGGGUCUCUGAGUAGCAUGCCCUACCUACCAGCAGACGUCACAAACCUAAAGGCAAAGUACCGUAGAGAAAGCAAGUUGGCUGACAUAGAAGCCACGAUAGCCUACUUCGAUGAGAAAGCGAAAGAAGAUCAAGAUUUCUUCUACAGGAUAAGAUUGGACGAUGAGGACCGUUUCGGAUGCGGGCUCUUUCGGAACGAAGACACGGAUGGGUACGUUUGGCUGUUCAAGACCUUCUUGGAGUGCAUGGGUGGACUUGCUCCGAUGAACAUAAUAACAGACCAGGAUUUUAGCAUGCGUGCAGGCAUAGAGGAGGUCUUUCCGUUAGCAGUGCACAGGCACUGUAGGUGGCACAUUAUAAAGAAGGCUGAGGAGACACUAGGACCGUUCUUUGCUGACCGUCCAGACCUGCACAAGGCAUUCGAGCUGUGCGUGGACCACAGCUUGAUGGUGGAGGAGUUUGAAAGGAGCUGGAUGGCUAUGAUUGAAACAUAUCAAGUCCAAGACCACGAGACGCUUGCUAGCUUGUGGGAGAAGCGAAUGUACUGGGUGCCGGCCUACUUCAUGCAGUGCUUCUUCCCGUUUCUGCAUACUACAUAUCGCAGUGAGGGGUUCAAUGCUGUUUUGAAGCGGUACGUGAGCCCUGGCAACUCAUUACUACAGUUUGCCAAGCAGUACACCGCUUUGCAACAAAAAAUACUGGGAUCCGAGCUACAGCAAGAAGCAAACACCGCGCUCAAGCAGCCAAAAUUGCUAAGUAUUUACCAAUGGAGAGGCAGAUGA